UGUAGUCUGUACAUUUUAUAAACAGUGAUAAAUUUAGUGUGUUUUUACAAAUAAAUCUUCUUGUACAAAAUGGCUUUACAAAACACUAUUUUCAAAAUUGAUGACUUAUGCCGGACUUGCUUAUCAAAAGAAAUUGAAAUGCUUUCUGUUUUUGAAAUUCGUUUGGGAACUAUCUCAUUGGACAACAUAAUCGCGUCAAUUACAGGAAUAAAGAUUGAACAUGGGGAUGGACUGCCAUCAACAAUAUGCAACAUCUGUAAGGAAAAGGCGACUAAUGCAUAUGAAUUCAAAGCCCGCACACAAGAAGCUGAUAUCCAAUUGCGGGGACUUUUAAAAAGAGAAAACACCGAGCAAGUCAAUAGUGAUAAUAGUUUACCAUUUGAGUCAGAUGCAGUUGAGGUGAAGACUGAACAAUUUGCAAGAGACAAUCAUGAUGAUUAUAUGGAUAUAGAUCUCUCCCUGGCUCUUUCUAAUGUUUCCGAGACUUAUAAUAAUGUAGAUACUGUUAAAAAUGAAGAAGAAGAUCAUUGUAAAGAUAUAUUUACAGCCCAACCAAUAGAGAAUGAAAAUUUAAGUAGUGAUAUUAAGAAAAAGAAUUUUAUUGCAGAUGGUAAUGAGACAGACAGCACCUAUUGUCCCGUUUGCGGCGCUAGUUUCCACGACGCUGAAGGCCUUACGAAGCAUGCCUGGGAGCAACACGGUGACCUCAUGGGACCAAAAAAACGAGGCCGCCCUAAGAAGCUACUCACCAGCACAAUCCUCAAUAAAUUGUCUGAAAAUGGAUACAAUUUGAAAUACUUACCGGAUCAAAAACACAAUUGUGUAUUUUGUAAAGAGGAUUUUAAAACAAAAGAUGACCUAGUGAUCCACCUCGUACAACAUAAAGAUGUAAAAGUUUUGAACUGUUUGCUGUGUAAGAAGAUUUAUCUCGAGAUGAAAGAUUUCGAGCGUCACAAUUGCGUGCAAACUUCAGAUGAAUUAAAUAAUUUAAAACCAGCUGAACCUCCAGAUGUUCCAGAAGAAGAGCGGAAGCUCAAUCUGUCUACUGAAGUAUUACUGCAAGACCUUCUAAUGAGUAAUAGAGAUACGGAGUCCGGAAGCAUUGAUUUAUGCGAGGAGUGUGGAGCUGUAUUUGUAUCCAGCGUGGAACUCGGCAAGCAUCGUGACCGAGAACAUCCUGAACUCUCCUCGCGAUGCCAUCUCUGCGAUAAAGUAUUUGCCACACUGAAGAGCGCAGCUCGUCAUAGAGCGGUGUGCGCACGAGUUGAACGUUCAUUCGCAUGCGCAUCGUGCGGGCUGCGUUUUGCGCACGAAGUGUCACUCAACAAGCACAUACUGCGCGCACAUACGGGACAGAGUGUGUCUGUACGUUUCAUGGACCGGGACAGAGCACCUCCGCAGCAUAGAUGUGAUACUUGCAAUAGACGCUUUUACAGAAAAGAUUUGCUAGCAAGGCACGCGAAGAUACACAAAUCGAUAGACAAAUGUUUCGAGUGUGACGUCUGCAAUAAGAAGUUUCACAGGCGAGACAACCUGAGGGCACACAUGCGUGUCCACGAGAGUACCGGUGCGGGCGUGGACGGCACGAGCAGCAGUGCCAGCCUAUGCCUGUACUGCGGCCGAAGUUUCUCGAACUCUUCCAAUCUCAUUGUGCACAUGCGCAGACAUACCGGCGAGAAACCAUAUAAAUGUGAUUUUUGUGGGAAAGGCUUCCCUCGCUCCUCUGACUUGCAAUGCCAUCGGCGCUCUCACACUGGAGAGAAACCUUGCAUAUGCGGCGUGUGUGGUAAAGCAUUUGCGCGCAGUAAUAAGCUGUCACGACACAUGCGCGUACACACCGGUAUGAAGCCCUACAAAUGUCCGUAUUGCGAGAAGGCCUUCUCCCAAAGCAACGACCUCAAACUACACGUGCGGAGACACACGGGCGAUAAGCCCUACGUCUGCGAACUAUGCGGAGAUCGUUUCAUACAGGGGACAGCUCUACACAACCACAGACGUGCGCACGGACACUUCCCGACUGCGGCCGCGCCGCCACUGGCGCCUCUUGUCUACACCGUACAGAGCAUCACACAGACGCAUUAAUCGGACAGAAUCACAUUUCGAUUAGUGAAUUUAUCUCUAUCAGCAACUAUACAAGCGAUAAUCGGUGAACGGUGAAAAUAUGUCUUCGGAAAUGGUACCUUUUUGUCUUUUUAAAUAAAUAAAAUGUAGUUAAAACUUUACAUAACUAUCCAUGAAUGAUUGUUCAUGAUGAAUACGCGUUCAGUGUUUUCUCAUAUUUCGUAUGACCGGUUUGUAGAUUUACAGGAAGCGUAUCAUUAAAAUAUGCAUUAUGUAUACGCUACUUAAAAAUAUUUUUUAAAACUAUAUUCUUAUUAUUUUGAUACGAUGAAGAUUAGUUAUGUGCAAUAAUGAGUUAUUUAAGUGAAAAUUAGUAUUCUAAUUUAAUUCAGCAUUUCUUUGUAAAGUAAGGUCGUAAGAAUAGUAAAUUGCAUUUUUACACAUGUAAACCCUAAAAAAAACUGCAGUACAAAGUCUUACGAAACUGAAUGAAUACAGUUAUCCUGCUUACGACUGUGUGUUAGUAUAGACUUAUUCCAACAAGAGGAGUAAUGACAAAUAAACUUUAAUAAUGAAUUAAACC